UGUUACUCUCAUGUUCUGCUCAUGCUAUCCAUGUUGCCGUGUGCGUCCCUCGUGUACCCUCGUGAAUCUUCGUGCUAUCCUGUGUCAACCCUGUGCUGAUCAGAGUCAAACAACACUGGUGUCCAAACUGGAGGCCCUGCAGUGUCACUUCACCUGGGAUCUGGACACCAGCAGGUCCAAACUUUUCCGUUGCAGGGAAAGGUUUGAGGAUUUCUUCACCGAGGACAGACACAGCUGGCUGGGUCACAUUUACAAGCUGCGGGGGUUCAUUGAAUACAAGCUGGGGUUCACUGAAGAAGCCCAGAGUUUCUUCAACAAGGCUACAGAGGCCUUCCGUCAGAUGAGAAACGCAGAUGAGGGUCCCUGGUUAGUGGUGAAUUACGGAAACCUGGCUUGGCUGCACCACCACCUGGGAGACCCAGCAGAGAGUGAGGCUUACCUGACAAAGGUCGACACUCUGAUGAAAAAAUACCAAUCUCCAGCCCAGGAUGAGCUCCACCCAGAGAUCUACGCUGAAAAAGCCUGGACUUUCAUAAGGUUUAGCACAGAUAAAAUGCUGCUGGCUGCAGAUUACUUCCAGAGAGCCAUUAGGAUGCAGCCGGACAUGGUGGAGUGGCACACCUACCAUCCUGGUGCCCCUGGUAGGGUCUCCCAAGUCAAAUUGGUCUCAGGCAAGGGGCCGGACUAA